AUGAUCCCUGUUGAUGAUGAUGAUGAUGAUGAUGAUACCAAUAGGUCGGCGGCUGGCGCGGUGGAGACAAAGCAGCCCGCCCGCCAGCCCGCUAGCGCCUCGCGCGAGCUCCUCCUCCGCGGGAACCUCCCUCCCCUCCCAGGAGCCGCCGCAGCCGGAGCGACUCCCGGGCCCUGGGCCGCCGCGGGCCAGGUAAGGCGAGCGCGCCCGCGGCCGAGGAGGGGUCGGCUGGACGCCGGGUGGGGUGGGGCACGCCCGGCGCGCGGAGAGAGGGGUGCCCGCAUCCGGCUGCGCCCGAGUCCCCGGGGGCGCGUCCCCACCGAGGAAACAGCCGGCGGCCGCCCCCGACGCCGCUGCCGCCGCGGCCUCCCCCACGCCGGGGCAGCCGCCAGCCCCGCAGUCCUGGACCGCGCCGGGCCGCCUGAGCGCGCCGAGGAGAGGGGGCGGCAAACUUCAGGCCGAGCGGCGCCGGGGCCGGUGCGCGGUGUCUCCCUCCGGGCACCGCGGAGGCCGCCGUCCUGGCACCAACUUGAGGGGCUGCGCGGCGGAGGGCGGUUCUGGAGCGCCCGCGCGGGCUGCACCUGCUCAGGGAGCUGCCCCUCUGUUGUUGUUUUUUCCUUCUUGGCGUGCCAUCGAGGCUUUUAG